GCCGUAUCUGCUUGACCUGCUGCCCUGUACCAGUUGGACAAUCUCAACAUUUCACGUUUCAGUCUCGGAUAAUUCAGCCAGAUCAACAAUUUACGUAUAAUUAUCACCACCUUACGCCGUAGGAAGUGCAGCGUUCAGCGGUCUACUGCAAUGAGGGUCCAGUCCUGUGCCGCCCUGCUGUUCAUAGCGUCGACCCUCGUCUGGCGGGGAGCAGUGUCGUGGGAGUGUCCUGUGGCCAAGGACGUGCGUGGCCACCAAUGCCGCUCCGACCGUGACUGCACCAGCGACGGCAAGUGCUGCGCCAUUGACCACACCUACUCGUGCUGGUCGUUGGUGCAGUACAAGCGAGACAUGCUGAACUGCCCAGCCCGCUCCGAGAUCCAGUCGACCAGCUGCUACAAUGGGUGCUGGUCAGACAGUGACUGCCCGGGGGGAAGAAAGUGCUGUCAGAGUCACACAGACUGCGGCCAGACUUGCUACCCGCCUAUCAAGUAUGAGAAGGUGAAGGCCGUCAUCUGCCCGGCCCCCUCCGACCCCCGACAAUUCCGUUGUCACUACCCCUGCCACUCCGAUGCCGACUGUUUGAACAUGGGCCGGUGCUGCAACUUCCCUUGCGGCAAGUCGUGUUGGUGGUCUCCCAUGGAGGCCUUUAUCACAGCCACGGUGAGGGGGGAUUGUUCCUACCAGGAGAACGCUGCUAUAGGGGAUGAGGAUGUACGCUUGUCCUGCCAACUCAGCAUCAACUCUACCAGACCCGCGCAGGUAGAAUGGUACAAGGGUCACACGUCCAUGCCGAAUGGCCGCGGCCGAGUCCACAGCAUGAAGACCUGCGAAGAUCGAGAUUGUCGGAGUUUGGAAACGCAUCUAGUGUUUGACAGAAUACAGAGUGACGACGCGGGUACCUACAUGAUGGUCGUCACGUCAGGACGAGAGAAGUAUGGCCACGCCGUCAACCUGACAAUCUUCAACAAUCCUGACAUCGAGAUCCAGCCACAACUAUCCACUGUGUAUUCCGGGGACCAGGUGGACCUCACCUGCAGGAUUGUCAACCUCGACAAGACCAACCCCUACUAUAAAGCAGGCAUCAAACUCAAGUGGUGUCAUCGAGGGCUCAGCAAUGCAAACAACAAAGGUAUCCACUACCAUGGUUUUGGAGAGGAGACAAUUAGACUGACCAACGUUAGCGGUGAUGUCGUCAUAGGAUGUGGCCUCAACAGCACGGAGUGCACUGUGACGGCGGAGGUCAAGGUCCUGUCUAACGAUGACCACGGCUGCCCGGUGUCUGUGGACAUCAGGAAGUACAAGUGGCCAUGGACACCUGCCGGCAAGUCCCGAGUUGCACCGUGUCCUGUUGGCUAUUCUGGGAGAGCCAAUCGGUCGUGCAGUGAUGUCUCCACGUGGUUCUACCCCAACUACUACCGCUGUGUCAGCCACAGGAUAUCCCACGUGGACCGCGAGCUGGGUAAGAUAAAGACAGGGGCGCUGUCCGCCAGCUACAUCACACCGGUCCUGGUACAGCUGGACACGGCAGCAACGGAGCUGAAUCUGACCGGCGGCGACAUUGGCGGCAUCGUGUCUUCCAUCUCGGACAUCAUCAUUCUUGUGAAGGUCACCAGGCGGAAACUGGGGGAUGAUGGUCGUGAGUCCUUCAUUAACAUAGUGAACAGUGCCCUAGCCAAGGGUAAUCUACAGGAGUGGAGCAUAGUGCUGAAGGAGGCGCUCAACCAAUCAACAGUUAGCUCUCUGCUGCGCUCUGUCAGUGACUUCGGACUGUUGACGGCAGAAGAUCGCGUUGUCAACGACGACCCGGUUUAUGUCGUCAAGGAGACGAUACUAUUCGGCGCUGGGAAGACAUCACCCAAGGAUAUGGUGUUCCCCGAUUACACGAAUGACAAACAUGCAGAUGUUCCUAGAUACAGGAGGUCCAGCCCGGAGGGCGUGUCAGUAGCUGUAGAGAAGGCUACCCUCGUCAACCUGAUGGACGGCUCCUCUGACGAGGUCAAGUGGACAUACUCUAUUUACAAGACACUAUCAGAUAUCAUGAACCUGGACGACCACUCAGAUAGCAUCAGGUCUGUGUCCUUCAAUGAGCGGGAGCGAGUGAAGGUCGUGUCGGACAUUGUCUCCUUGAUGGUGGAGUCGACAGAGGGAGCUGAAUUGAACCCACCUAUUAGAGCCCGGAUGAUGAUGAGGACGGAAGAGGAUGAGACACCCCUCAAUAAUGCGGUGCACAAAGUGUGUGGCAGGUUCAUUCCUAUGGAUGGAAGCAACACGAGUCGCUGGGUGUCUGACGGUUGCCAGCUGGUGGUGGACAGCAGUUGGGUUGUGUGUGAGUGUAACCGGCUCGGUCACAUCGCAGUCCUCACAGUGGAACAAAUGUCUCCGAGAGCACAGCCGCUGUUCCUGACUGUGCUGAAAGCCGUGUGUUCAGUACCUCUGCUGGGGGCUCUGGUCAUCGUCAUUGUCGGGAUCAAACGGAGAGCGAUGACGGGCUGCACUACCUUGUCUCUCAACGUAUGCGGAGCCAUCGCUGGUGCUUACGUGGUGUUUGCUGUAGCCAUUGACAUCACAAAGGAUGAGGGUUUCUGCAUCGGCAUCGCCGUUGCACUGCACUACCUCUUUACGGUGAUGACUCUAGGGAUGUUAGCUCAGACGGUCUAUCAAGGUGUCAUCUUUUACCGCCAUCUCACCCUUCCUGUGGUACAUACACCGAAGUGGCCCUACGUAUGCCUCGUCCUGGCUGUGUGGGUGGUUGGCGCCGGGAUAGUGGCAGCAACAACACUGGUGGCUGGUCUUGAUAGCUACAGCACAACACAGCUAUGCUGGGUCAACACGAAAAGAGACGCAGCCUUAUCGUUACUGGGCACUACCGCGACGGCACUACUGCUUCAUGUCGGAGUCGUGGUGAUGUGUGCGUGUGCUGGUCGGGGUAACCAUAGUGACGUGAAUGUGGAAGAGAAAGUUCCCAUGCAGAGCGGGGUGCCAUUGAAGAAGAACCCGGAUAUGGAAUCACAGCAUAGACGGAAAAACACACUUCUCAAACAAGGUUUUAGGAGCGUGAUGAUAGUACUGGACUUCUGUGCGGAGAUCACGCUGGUCCUGAUGGUGACGACACACGUUAACGGCAACACACUGGAGUACCUGUUCGCCGUCUGUACGGUGAUAAAGACCAUGAUUUUAGUCUAUGUUGAUGCGUAUGUUGUGGACAUUGACUACUCAACCAAUCAAGGCACAGGUUUGCAUUAUUAGCAUGUCAAGUCAUCACAAAAUGAUCAAAUCAUCGAACCGUACGAAAUCAGGAGACAUAGCGGGCGAGAAUGUAUACGAGGAGAUCCUGAACGUAAACCAACAUCCUUCCCGCUCCUGACUUCAACACUGAGAAUGUAUUGCAAUCCGUGACUAUGGAAGGCAGCUGCAGAUAACAACAUAUAACAUCAACCAUACAACACCACAGACAUGUGAAGCAGUGUAUGCCAACAGCUGACGGUACAUGGACCUAAUGUGUACUUUUAGUACAAUUAUAUGACAGCGUGUGUACGUGCAGUGCAGUAUAUGAACAUAAUGUGUACGUAAAGUGCAGUAUAUAGACAUACUGUGUACGUGUAGUUUAGUAUAUGGACAUAAUGUGUACGUGUAGUGCAGUAUAUGGACAUAAUGUGUACGUGUAGUACAGUAUAUGACACAUUGUUUUCGUGUAGUGCCGUAUAUGGACAUAAUGUGUACGUGUAGUGCACUAUAUGGACAUAAUGUGUACGUGUAGUGCAAUAAAUGGACAUAAUGUGUACGUGUAGUGCCGUAUAUGGACAAAAUGUGUACGUGUAGUGCACUAUAUGGACAUAAUGUGUACGUGUAGUACAGUAUAUGGACAUAAUGUGUAUGUGUAGUGCAGUAUACGGAGAUAAUGUGUACGUGCAGUGCAGUAUAUGACACAUUGUGUACGUGUAGUGCACUAUAUGGACAUAAUGUAUACGUGUAGCACAGUUAUAUGCCACAUUGUUUACAUGUAGUACAGUAUAUGGAGAUAAUAUGUACGUUUAGUGCACUAUAUGGACAUAAUGUGUACGUAUUGUGCAGUAUAUGGACAUAAUGUGUACGUGUUGUACACUAUAUGGACAUAAUGUGUACGUGUAGGACUGUAUAUGACACAUUGUUUACGUGUAGUGCAGUAUAUGGUCAUAAUGUGUACGAGUAGGACAGUAUGUGACACAUUGUGUACGUGUAGGACAGUAAAUGACACAUUGUGUACGUGUAGGACAGUAUGUGACACAUUGUUCCUUGUGAACAGUAUAUGACACAUUGUAUACGUGUAGGACAGUAUAUGACACAUUGUAUACGUGUAGGACAGUAUAUGACACAUUGUGUACGUGUAGUGCAGUAUAUGGACACACUAUGUACGUGUAGGACAGUAUAUGGACACACUAUGUACGUGUAGUACAGUAUAUGGACACACUAUGUACAUGCAGUACAGUAUAUGGACACACUAUGUAAGUGUAGUACAGUAUAUGGACACACUAUGUACGUGUAGAACAGUGUAUGGCACACUGUGCACGUGUAGUACAGUAUAUGGACACACUAUGUAUGUGUAGUACAGUAUAUGACACAUUGUGUACGUGUUGUGCAGUAUAUGGACACACUAUGUAUGUGUAGAACAGUAUAUGACACACUAUGUACGUGUAGUACAGUAUAUGGACACACUAUGUACGUGUAGGACAGUGUAUGGCACAUUGUGUACUUGUAGUGCAGUAUAUGGACAUAAUGUGUACGUGUAGUACAGUAUAUGGCACAUUGUGUACUUGUAGGACAGUAUAUUGACACAAUAUGUACGUGUAGUACAGUAUAUGGCACAUUGUGUACUUGUAGGACAGUGUAUGGCACAUUGUGUACUUGUAGGACAGUAUAUGGCAUAUUGUGUACUUGAAGGACAGUAUAUGGCACAUUGUGUACUUGUAGGACAGUAUAUGGCACAUUGUGUACUUGUAGGACAGUAUAUUGACACACUAUGUACGUGUAGUACAGUAUAUGGCACAUUGUGUUCUUGUAGGACAGUAUAUGGCACAUUGUGUACUUGUAGGACAGUAUAUGGACACACUAUGUACGUGUAGUACAGUAUAUGGCACAUUGUGUACUUGUAGGACAGUAUAUGGCACAUUGUGUACUUGUAGGACAGUGUAUGGCACAUUGUGUACGUGUAGUACAGUAUAUGGCACAUUGUGUACUUGUAGGACAGUAUAUGGACACAAUAUGUACGUGUAGUACAGUGUAUGGCACAUUGUGUACUUGUAGGACAGUAUAUGGCACAUUGUGUACUUGUAGGACAGUAUAUGGCACAUUGUGUACUUGUAGGACAGUAUAUGGACACACUAUGUACGUGUAGUACAGUAUAUGGCACAUUGUGUACUUGUAGGACAGUAUAUGGCACAUUGUGUACUUGUAGGACAGUAUAUGGCACAUUGUGUACUUGUAGGACAGUAUAUUGACACACUAUGUACGUGUAGUACAGUAUAUGGCACAUUGUGUUCUUGUAGGACAGUAUAUGGCACAUUGUGUACGUGUUGUGCAGUAUAUGGACACACUAUGUAUGUGUAGAACAGUAUAUGACACACUAUGUACGUGUAGUACAGUAUAUGGACACACUAUGUACGUGUAGGACAGUAUAUGGACACACUAUGUACGUGUAGUACAGUAUAUGGCACAUUGUGUACUUGUAGGACAGUAUAUGGCACAUUGUGUACUUGUAGGACAGUAUAUGGCACAUUGUGUACGUGUAGUACAGUAUAUGGCACAUUGUGUACUUGUAGGACAGUAUAUGGACACAAUAUGUACGUGUAGUACAGUGUAUGGCACAUUGUGUACUUGUAGGACAGUAUAUGGCACAUUGUGUACUUGUAGGACAGUAUAUGGCACAUUGUGUACUUGUAGGACAGUAUAUGGACACACUAUGUACGUGUAGUACAGUAUAUGGCACAUUGUGUACUUGUAGGACAGUAUAUGGCACAUUGUGUACUUGUAGGACAGUAUAUGGCACAUUGUGUACUUGUAGGACAGUAUAUUGACACACUAUGUACGUGUAGUACAGUAUAUGGCACAUUGUGUUCUUGUAGGACAGUAUAUGGCACAUUGUGUACUUGUAGGACAGUAUAUGGACACACUAUGUACGUGUAGUACAGUAUAUGGCACAUUGUGUACUUGUAGGACAGUAUAUGGCACAUUGUGUACUUGUAGGACAGUGUAUGGCACAUUGUGUACGUGUAGUACAGUAUAUGGCACAUUGUGUACUUGUAGGACAGUAUAUUGACACAAUAUGUACGUGUAGUACAGUAUGUGGCACAUUGUGUACUUGUAGGACAGUGUAUGGCACAUUGUGUACUUGUAGGACAGUAUAUGGCACAUUGUGUACUUGUAGGACAGUAUAUUGACACAAAAUGUACGUGUAGUACAGUAUAUGGCACAUUGUGUACUUGUAGGACAGUGUAUGGCACAUUGUGUACGUGUGGUGCAGUAUAUGGACAUAAUGUGUACGUGUAGUACAGUAUAUGGACACAAUAUGUACGUGUAGUACAGUAUAUGACACAUUAUGUCCUUUUAGGACAGUAUAUAGUUAGUAGAGUAUAUGGACAACAUAUGUACGUGUAGUUCAGUAUAAGUGUGUUAGGGCGUAGUCAAGAUGGUGGAACAUAUCAUCUCGGCAUCAGCCAAGUGUGCAAGUCAUCCAAAUAGGUCACAAUUCAAUGUUCUCAGUCGGAAUUGUUACAAUUGCAGUGAUGUAGUAAGUGUAUGUCCAUUUGAAGUGAAGGCCGAGUCACAGGCUGUACAGGCUUGCCAGAAUGGUUUCUAAGGAAUCCUGGAAGGGACAUUGUCGCUUUGGUAUGGUGGUAUGGUAUUUGGGUUUUAGGGCGCCCACCACAUCAAAUAAAAAAUACAUCGAAUAGACUACAAGAGAACGAUUAGUAUGCUAUUACUAUACUAUUUUAUGUGGUUGUAAUUUAUGUUUAUGUUGUUGAUCGAAAUAACGUUCAUAUGUGAUAUGAUUAAUGGAUUUCCAGACAGCUGCCAAGCAAAACAUAGGUUAUAGUUGGGAAUACGGAUGUAUAACUGUAGUCGAAAACAUGUGUUCAUUUUGUAAAAUAAAGUUUUAUUGUUUA